GAAUUAUUUUUUUUGAUAAAAUUUUGUAAAAACCUUUAAAAUUUCCGUAUAAAAUAAAUAAAAAUGCCUCCAAUUCUUCAAGAUGGCAAUUGUUUGGUAUACCGAGGUAGUAAUUUCCUCAAACAACGUCUUAUACUCGCGUUAUUAAGUGGUAAAUCAGUGAAAAUAACACAAAUACGUUCAGAGGAUGAAGCCCAACCUGGUUUAAGAGAAUAUGAAAUUGGUUUAAUACGCCUGCUGGACAAACUAACAAAUGGCACCAAAAUAGAACUAAAUCCUGCCGGUACUUCGGUAAUGUUUACCCCCGGCCUGUUGCAUGGUGGACAAUUACAUCAUGACUGCAGUUUGCAAAAAAGUAUUGGCUACUAUUUGGAUGUUCUGAUAGCUUUGGGACCAUUUUGUAAAUUUCCCCUAAAUGUUACCUUAAGAGGUGUAACCAAUAGCAAAGAUUCACCUUCAGUGGAUCAUAUGAAAGGAGCUGCUUUGUCGGUGCUGAAACGUUUUCUGGUGGUGGAUGAGGGCUUAGAACUGAAAGUGGUGAAACGUGGUGUGGCGCCUUUGGGCGGUGGUGAAGUUAUUUUCAAAUGUCCCAUACGCAAAACAAUACGUUCCGUACAGUUUGUUCAACAAGGCAUGGUAAAACGUAUCAGAGGCACUGUUUAUGCUUGCAAAGUUUCUCCUGCCAUGGCAAAUCGUACCGUGGAAACGGCCAAGGGUGUAAUGCUAAAAUUUUUACCCGAUGUUUAUAUAUAUACAGAUCAAAAUCGGGGUAAAAUGUCUGGCAAUUCACCAGGAUUUGGUAUUUGCCUACAUGCCGAGACCACCGAUGAUGUGGUUUUUGCCGCUGAGGUCACCUCCCAUACUAAAGAUGAGGGAAAAGAUCCUUCCAUACCCGAGGAUAUGGGUAAAGAGGCGGCCUUACGUUUAUUAGAUGAAAUCUAUAGAGGUGGUUGUGUAGACUCUGCCUAUCAGUGGCUGGUGGCUUUGUUUAUGACUUUGGGUCAGAAAAAUGUUUCGAAAUUUAUGACUGGUCCUUUGUCUUCCUAUACUGUGUACUUCUUGCAACAUUUGCGUGAUUUCUUUUCGGUUACUUUUAAACUGGAAAAUCCCGAAAUGGAUGAUGAUGAAGAUCAGGCUGGCGCUCAGAAGGUUUUGCUAACAUGUGUGGGCAUUGGUUAUACAAAUAUUAGUAAAAAAGUUAUUUAAUUUGUAUUUUGUGUUGGAUUUCUAUGUAGGAUUAGGUUUAUUUAAGGAUUCUUUUAUAAAUAAAUUUUAAAUGAAGACAAAAAAUUAAA